AUGACCAAGUUUUGGGAACUUGAAGAAAUCCCUUCCGCUCCUUUAAUUUCAGGGGAUGAUCAAAGGGCUGAGUUGAUUUUUAGCCAAACUGUCAAACGGACCUCUACUGGUCGGUUUAUGGUAUCCCUUCCUUUGAAAGAAUCGGAACCAGACGUAGGAAAUACUUAUCCUCAAGCCCUCAGAAGAUUUUUACUUCUUGAAUCCCGACUUAUAAAAAAUCCUGAAUUAUACAAUUCUUACUCAGAUUUUAUAAAUGAAUAUAUUCAUCAUGAAUAUAUGACUCUUAUUCCAUUUAACUUGCCCAAACCAAAUAUUUCGUGUUAUUUGCCACAUCAUUGUGUACUAAAACCGGAUAGUAUUAGCACUAAACUCCGUGUUGUUUGGGAUGCUUCGGCAAAGGGUCCUAAAGGUCUUAGUCUUAAUGACAUUUUGCUACCUGGUCCUAAAUUACAAAACGAUUUGAGUUCUUUAUUACUUAUUUUCCGUCUUUAUCCGAUAGUUUUCAUAGCCGAUAUAAGACGCAUGUUUUUACAAAUCCUGAUAACCCCGGAACAUAGAAAAUUUCAAAGAAUCUUGUGGCGAUUCUCAACAAAGGGUCCAAUUCGCGAAUAUGAACUCAAUACAGUUACUUUUGGAGUGUCUAGCUCACCUUUUCUUGCCAUAAGGACCCUUAAUGAACUCGCAGAACGCGAAAAGGAAAACUUUCCCAAUGCAAGUCGUAUUUUAAAACAAAAUACAUAUAUUGACGAUGUUCUCGGAUUUAGCCCUUCUAUUUCUUCAGCCCUUGAUCUUCAAAGGGAGCUAAUCGACUUAUUGAAAUCUGGUGGAUUUCAGUUGGCCAAAUGGGCCUCAAACUGUUCAGAAUUAUUAGCUGCAGUCCCUGAAUCUGACCGCCAAAUGUCUCUUUCUUUUGACAAAGAACAACCAAAUUUUAUCAAGGUUUUAGGCCUUCAAUGGCAUCCAAAAAGUGACAUAUUUACUUAUCAAUACAAACCACAUGAAUCUGAAUGUACAAAACGUACUAUCUUGCAGGUCAUAGGAAGAAUAUUUGAUCCUUUAGGUCUUCUUUGUCCUAUUUUAUUAUUAGCUAAAUACAUUAUGCAACAGCUAUGGCUCUUAAAAAUAGAUUGGGAUGAUACUCCUCCAGAACCUCUAGUAAAGUUAUGGACCGAGUUAAAAUCUGAACUUCCCCUGUUAUCAGAGUUUAAACUUCCAAGGCAAAUUAGUCUUGCAAACAGAUCUUGUGACAUCAUAGCCAUAUGUGAUGCGUCUAACAAAGGUUACGCCGCAGUAGUUUAUUUUCGGGUAGAAGGUGGUAAUCAAAUUUCUGUAUCUUUGGUUUGCGCAAGGUCUCGAGUAGCACCAAUUUCAAAUCGUCAAACUCUAGCUCGAUUAGAAUUACUAGGCGCGGUUCUUUUAAGCAAUCUGGGCCACCGUAACCGGGCGUGCAACGCAUGCGGGCGCCACCCGAAAGGGGCGCCAAAAAAAAGAAUUUUUGGCAAAAACUCCAGUUUCCAAUGCAGAAACAGCAGGAGAGAGGGUCAAUGUUCUGAAGCGGUCGCUGCUUCACCUGUUCCUGCACUUGAACCAUCUACGAGUACAUCAACUUUCAGUGAAAACGCAGAAUCGGUCGAACCCACUUACUCAACAAUAGAGGCUAUAAGUGAAGAUGAAACUGAAGCCUUGACUGAAAUGGGCCCUGAGAUGACAAGUACCAUUCUUCUAUCAGAGGAUCCUGGUAUGUGGCCUAGAACCAUUAACAACGAGAAAGUCAGGAGGUUGGUUGAGCGAGAACCUCCUUUGAUAAGACGCAAUUGUCAAUUUUCUACAAAUCAAGACAAAAGAACAUUUUUAAGUACCUACUUUGUCAGAAAACUGAAGAAUGGUUUUCCGUAA